UCUCUCAACAAAAAUCACAGAGCUGAAAAAACUCCUCUUUAUUUAAUUAAUUUGUUGAAAUUUGUAAUGGAGAGAGUAAGCAAAAUGGUAAGUGAAAAGCCAGUUGUGAUAUUUAGCAAGACUGCUUGCUGCAUGAGCUACUCAAUUAAGUCUUUCUUCUCCGACCUCGGCGUUAACACUGCCGUUUACGAGCUCGAUGAGAUGAACAGAGCUGGCCGUGAGAUUGAAGCCGCGCUUUCGACUCUCGGCUGCAAUCCGACGGUUCCGGCGGUGUUCAUCGGCGGACAAAUGGUCGGUGGGGAAAGUGAGGUCAUGAGUCUUCAUCUACAAGGGGCCUUAAAGCCUAAACUCAAAAACGUUGGUGCUUUAUGGGUUUAAUUAUAAAUUAUCAUAAAUAAUCAAAAUGGUAAUGUUCAGUUUUUUUUCUUCUUAAUAAUAAUACUCCUACCUACCGUUUCGAGAUCAAUAAGAAUUAUGGUGAAUAGUAAAUACUCCUUUAUUAUGACUUUUUUAGUUAGCGUUUGAUCUGCAAUGUACAAGUUUUAAGUAUGAGGUAGAGUAUUAAUUACUUUUUAGCAAGAAAAAGGAAAAAAAAAUUGUGUACGAAUAAGAAUUUAACUUGUAUCCA